AUGCUUUCUGAUGAUACUUCUAACAAUCAUUUGAAAAGAAGAGACAAUCUUCCAAAUGUAUUAUCUCAAAAGAGAUAUAAAUCAUUACGAUCAAAUAAAGUAUGUAACGUGGAAAGGGAAGAAAAUCGACCCACACCAGUUGCAAAAGUUGGCCACAAACAAGUUACUAAGUCAUCAUCGGUUAUGGCUUCUGAAACAUCUACUACACUUCCUUCAAAACAACCUACAACAGAAGGAAUAUGCGGAAAGUGGCACUAUUUGCGAACGAAAUGGGUUUUAGAUACAAAUGAUGAAUUUUAUUAUUACUGGCUAUGUGCAGUAUCAUUUGCAUUUGCUUACAACUUAAUUGUUGUCAUCGCGCGAUCAGUUUUCAAAGAUUUGGCUUCCGGGUAUUAUUGGAUAGCUUGGCUAAUAAUAGACUUUGUUAUGGAUAUUAUUUACGUGCUUGAUAUGUUUGUACAUUCCAGGACAGGUUUUCUGGAACAAGGAUUACUUGUUCGAGAUAUUUCACGAAUUACAAAACUUUAUCUGAAAUCAUUACAAUUUAAACUGGAUAUAAUCAGUGUUCUUCCAUUUGAUCUUAUCUUAUCGCUCAUAUUUCGCCGAUCAUUUCCAAAUAUGCGUUUUAAUCGUAUUAUCCGUUAUCCACGCUUUUCUGAUUUUGUUGACCGCACCGAGACCAGGAGUUCGAUGCCAAAUGCAUUUCGUAUAUUCUGCGUUAUUGCCAAUAUUGUUGUAAUUAUCCAUUGGAAUGCAUGUAUAUAUUUCUUCAUAAGUGAAAUAAUUGGUCUUGGUACUGAUGGUUGGGUUUAUGGGCAACUUAAUAAACAAAGUUUGCCUGAUGGUGUGGAAGAUACUCUUGCCAGGCGUUAUAUCUAUAGCUUCUAUUGGUCUACACUAAUUCUAACAACAAUUGGUGAAGUACCCAGUCCAAAAAGGAAUAUGGAAUUUCUUUUUGUAAUUAUGGAUUUGAUGUGUGGAGUACUUAUUUUUGCAACUAUAGUCGGUAAUGUUGGCAGUGCAAUAUCAAAUAUGAGUGAGGCACGAACUAAAUUUCAAAACAAAAUGGAUGGUAUUAAACGAUACAUGAAAUUGAGAAAAGUGAACAAGGAGCUUGAAAUGCGAGUUAUAAAAUGGUUUGAUUAUUUAUGGGAGAAUAAACAAUCCUUAAGCGAUCAGCGUGUACUGAAAGUACUUCCGGAUAAAUUACAAACGGAAAUUGCUAUGCAAGUGCAUUAUGAAACUCUCAGAAGAGUACGCAUUUUUCAGGAUUGUGAAGCUGGUCUUUUAGCUGAACUAGUAUUGAAACUUCAACAGCAGAUAUUUUCUCCUGGUGAUUACAUAUGCAAGAAGGGUGAUAUCGGACGUGAAAUGUAUAUUGUCAAGCGCGGUAAAUUACAAGUGGUAGCCGAUGAUGGGAUCAAAAUCUUUGCUACACUACAGGAAGGCGCUGUUUUUGGCGAACUUAGUAUACUUAACAUCGCUGGAAGUAAAAAUGGUAAUCGGAGAACAGCAAAUGUACGAUCGGUUGGUUACACGGAUUUGUUUGCCUUGAACAAAAAUGACCUUUGGAUCGCACUAAAGGAGUAUCCAGAUGCAAGGAAGCUACUCAUAGCAAAGGGUCGAGAAAUUCUUCGAAAAGACGGUCUAUUGGAUGAAGAUGCACCAGAAGAACAAAUGACUGCUGAAGAGAUGGCCAAAAGUUUGCAAAAUACAUUGAAAAUUAUGCAAACAAAAAUGGCUCGAUUUGCCGCAGAAUUCAAUAGCACGAAAUCGAAAUUAUUGGCAAGAAUUGAAUAUUUGGAAACACAGUUAGCCAAAUAUGAAAUAAAUGACAAUCCCGCCAGUUCUAAUGAUGAUUAUCAAAUGGAGUAA